AUGGGUUCGUCUCCACCCUUGUACUUUUGGAAGGUUGAAGGCCUAGCAAGUGCUUCUGAGGAAGCUGCAGAGGGUGGCGUCUUACAAGUGUCUGGGAAGAAAGAUGCCUUGCAGAAUAUGCUCUGUGUAGAGCUUGUGUGUAUUCCAGCGAAGUAUAAGCAUCAGCCUGAGCAGUUGUAUGUGGAUUUUGCUGGAGAGGGAUCUAAGGUGAUCAUCCUGGGUGUCGCAGCUACUGCGGUGGUGGCGCAGUUCCAGCAGUCUGGUUCUCUGAGGGAGACUAGUCACCUGCAGGCAAUCAACCAGCCUCACCUGCCCCAGGAUCCCAAUGUGCUUCACGCUACCCAGCAGUUCCUCAGCAAGUUUGCUGAGCUUAAAGCCCUGGCUGACGCUGCCCCAGACCCACAGCCUAGCCGCCACUCACAGAGGCAGCAGUUCGACUCCCCCCAACAACACGACGCCCCUCUGCCCCCAUCCCCUCACCGCUUCGCACCUCAGCCCUCCCACCAGCCCUCCCGCCAGCCAUCCCACCCAUCCACAGCUGAAUUCGAUGUGACCCGAGAAAUCGGACAGCUUCUGUCUCGUCAUGCCUCAUUACACCCCACUCCGGCUCCUGUCCCUCGUAGCCGUCAGCAACACCACCAGCCCCAGCAGCACCACCAGCCCCAGCAGCACCACCAACCCCAGCAGCAGUUCCACCAUCAGCAGUCCUUCCCCUCCUUCAACGUGCAGGAGAACCUAGGUAAUCACCAACAACAGUUCCAGCCACAGCAGACCUUCCGUCCACGCGUUGUUGACCCUAACAUCCCCGUCACCAACCAGCACGGUCAUGUCAUCAACCCACUGCAGUUCCCGGGUCCCUGGCCCAUAGCAUACCGCCGUCGUUCGCGGCAAGGUGGAGAGUCCCAAUUCAUCCCAUAG